AAGACAAUUUAAAAUUUUUAAGUCGUAAAACGGUAAUUAUGACAGUCGCUGUCCAUUGGUUUAGAAACGGCUUAAGGUUGCACGACAACCCAGCCUUGAUUGAAGCUCAUAACAAUGCCGAAAAACUUCUUACACUGUACAUUUUCGACGAAACAACGUUCAAUCCGACAUGGUAUGGAUACAAUCCAAUGCGAUUUCUUCUGGAGAGUUUAAUUGACCUGAAUAACAAUUUAACUUUGGUUGGAGGACGUUUGUAUAUACUUCGAGGAAACCCUGUUAAUAUAUUUAAAAUUAUCAAAGAAAAGAUAGGCCUCAAUUUUAUUACUUUUGAACAGGAUUGUGACCAUAUUGGUAGGAGUCGUGAUGACAAGGUGAAGGCAUUUUGCGAUGAAAAUGGUGUAAAAUAUAUUGAGAAAGUUUCCCAUACACUAUGGAAUCCAAAAACAAUAAUCGAAAAAAACGGUGGAGUACCACCGUUUACUUUUAAACAGUUCCAAAAUAUAGCGAACCAAAUUGGUCAUCCUCCAAUACCAGUAGGUAAUUUAGACUGGUUGAGUGUAAUUUUUGAGGAACUUCCAGCUUCUAUGCUAGACGAAUUUAAGAUCUUAAACAAUCCGACUCCAGAAACUUUUGGAAUUUAUCCAGAAAUUCCAGAAAAUUUAACAACUCCAUACCGUUGGUACGGAGGUGAAACCAGAGCUUUAGAACAGUUAAAAGAACGUCUUGAAUAUGAAAGGGAAGCGUUUGUUAAUGGGUUUUACUUGCCCAACCAAGUAAAUCCUGACCUUUUAAGCCCACCAUCCAGCCUCAGCGCGGCUUUACGAUAUGGAUGCUUAUCCAUAAGAAAGUUUCACUGGGAACUUUCAAAGUUGUUUAUCAAACAAUUUGAAGGCGAUUUAUUACCUCAGUACAGCGUGACUAGCCAACUCAUUUGGAGGGAUUACUUUUACACCAUGUCUAUUGACAACAAAAAUUUUGGCCAAAUUGAGGAUAACCCAGCGUGUAUUUCAAUACCUUGGAAUGAUGUUAAAAUUCCGGAAAAUAAAAAGAUGUUGGAAUGUUGGAAAUCCGGUAAAACUGGAUAUCCUUUCAUAGAUGCCGGGAUGAGACAAUUGAUGCAGGAAGGAUGGGUUCACCACGUGGUACGAAAUUCGUUGGCAUCUUUUUUAACAAGAGGUGACCUCUGGAUUAGCUGGGUCGAAGGGUUAAAUCAUUUUAUGAAAUAUUUGCUAGAUGCUGAUUUUUCUGUCUGCGCCGGUAACUGGAUUUGGGUGUCAAGCUCUACGUUUGAACAGCUGUUGGACUGUCCUUUGUGCGUUUGCCCUGUCAGUUACGGUUUAAGACUUGACCCAUCUGGCGAAUACAUUAGACGAUAUGUUCCUGAAUUAAAAAAUAUGCCCGCCCAAUAUCUGUAUGAACCAUGGAAGUGCCCAGAAUCAGUCCAAAAACAGGUAGGAUGCAUUAUUGGCAAGGACUAUCCUAAUCGUAUUGUCGAUCAUACAAUAGCAUCACGAGGAAACAGAAAGAAAAUGCUGGCAUUGCGUGUUUCGAUGUCCAGCGAGAACGUGGUACCACAUUGCUGUCCUUCAGAUCGCGAAGAAGUUCAAAAAUUCAUGUACCUUCCCGAUGAAUGCAUUCAACAGUUGCUCCCUUUGGAAAAUAGCGACGGCGAAGCGUAUGAAUUCUACAAGUGUCAUUAAAUUAUAAGAUAAAACAUUUAAAACAACGCCCACACUAUUCUUGCGUGGCUUGAAUCCAUUUUGUUUCUAAUAACUAACCAUGACGAUUAUGUCAAACUAUUUUAUUAAUACUUCCAUGAUAUAUAUUUGGAAAACGGCGUCGCCAAUAUUAGUCUUGCCAGGAAUUUUAUAUUAUUCUACAACUUUACCUAUUAUAAUAAUUAUGUGUGUUUAUAUGAUAGUUGAACUAUUUAUUACUAUUACUUCAUUACUUGUUUAGUUGUGUUACAACCUAUUAGUUUUAAAUCGCCUAUUUUUAGACUUAUCGUAAAAAGUAUAGAAUGGUUCUAAUGAUUGAAGUAAACAUUAUGAUAACAAUUAACUUAUAUAAAUUACUAUACACGUAUAUUACGUGCGUAUACUUCUAAAUUUAAGGAACAUUAGGUUAAAUUUAAAAGAACUUACUUGAUAGGUAUAGUUAUUAAUGAAGUUAUAGAUUUUAGUUCUGAUAUUUAUGUUUUCAGAAUUUGCAUAUUAAAAGUGUGAGUAGUAUAUUAAAACAGAAAUAUUGUUCUGCACCUGUAGCCCUAUAUAAACGGAUAUAUUCCAUAUAUGAGUACGGAAAAACUAUUUUAUUGUAUUUGAAAAAAUUUAAUUAUUGUCUCU